UGCCCCUUCAGAGGCAGCAGAGCAGCACACUCACUCAUGCAGAGUGCAGAGGACUUGGAGGGUCGAACCUAGUCAGCAGGUCUCACACACGCUUGCAUGUGUGUGUGUGUGUGUGUGUGUGUGUGUACGGAGCUGAAACUCUCCUAGAUACAUACACUCACACCCUUUCCUCCUUCUUUCCUCUGUCCUGCUCUACUCUUUCUCCUUUCCCCUCCUCCAGCACACCUUUGUGUUGUUUUCCUUGCCCCUCUUCAUCUCCCCUCCCUCUUCAGCCUCACUAGUUUUCCCUCUGUUCUGUCCUAUGUGCUCAGUCUGUAGUUAGUGUGCGAACUGAGAGCAUACCAGGCGAGAUGCUGCUGAUGCUACAGCUGUUUGGGCUCCAUGUCUCCUUCAGGGCCCACUGAAGAAGACAAGACUGCACGUGAGCCGGGGAUCUUCAACACCACACUCUGAGAGACCUACAGCUAUCACUUGUUUUCCUCACAAGCCAGACUCUGGAAUAAACUGAGCUUUUAAAGACUUAGAGAAAAGAAGAAAAAAAAAGAAUGAGGAACAAGUCGCAUCAACUGGUUGCACAGUUCUUAUUCUUAGGAUUGUUGCUAUCUUUGGUGGACAGUAAAGGAACUUUCUAUGGAGGUUCUGUCAACCCUUUCUAUGGAAACAGAUACAACCUGUUCAAGGCUGGACUCAACCCGCACCAUUCACCAAACAAGCCCAUGACCCGUCACAAAAACCAUUGUGCCUAUGUGGUCCAGAAGAACAUCACAUGCAUCAUGCAGGAUGGAGUGUCUACCUUUGUGAAGGCGGAGUACACCACCAAGUGCAUCUGGGGUCAAAAGUGUCCUGUUGUCAUGUACAGGACAUUUUUCAAGCCAAAGUACAAGGUGGGUUACAAGACUGUCACUGAGCUUGAGUGGAGAUGUUGUCCCAGCUACUCUGGGGCGGACUGCUUUGAUGGACCCACGUCGCUGCCUGAUGUCAUGAUGCCACCUUUCAAAGGUGCAGGUGUGCCGCAUCGCCCAGGGAUGAAGGGCUUCCCCCAUGGCCCGAGACCCCCCGUAGACCAGAGGCCUGGAUCAGGUCAGCUGGAGCCUGGCAAACCCUUGCCGGGUGUGCCUGACCACAGACCAAUACCCUCAGGACAGCUGCCUACUGGAAAUGGACAACCAAACUACGGAAACAAAUUUGGAAUUUCAGGAGUGACCGGUGAACGUUUGGACCGGAUGGAGGAGGACCUGCGUCGCCUCACCCAGGGUCUGGACACUCUCAAUGGGGUGGUGGCUGGCCUUGAGGAGCGACUGCGCAUAUCUCUCCGGGAAGACACUAACAAAAUCUUGGUGUCCCUGCUACAAAACCCUCCCCGUGUGCCAGACUCUACAGUGGGAUUUGAAGUAAUCCCAGAUGGACCGAGAGGAGGAGAAACCUUCAAUGGUUUUGGAGAUUUAGCAGGGAGGGUGACAGAAGUGAGAGAUGAGCUACGAGCCAAAACUCACAUCAUAGAGGAGAUUCAGGGAAUGGUUUUGAGUCAUGAUGGCCAGCUGAAGAAGCUGUUGGAAGGAGCUAGAGGCAGACCCAUCCCCGGCCCUAGCUCCACUGCUUAUCUGGAUGAGAUCCUGGACAUAAAGCUGGCUGGAGUGCGGGCUGAGAUCCUGGAUGGCUUUGAACGUCGUCUGACUGGUCUGGAGAAUCACUGUGACACAAAGAUUGGGGAGGUGCAGAGGCAGUGCCAUAGGGAUCAUAUGGAUGGUCAGGAACAGAUGCAGCAGUCUCUAGAUGGAAAGGAGACUGGACUCCGGGAGGAGCUGGGCUCUUUGCAGGCUCAGAUCCAGGGUCUAACUCUCACAGAGAGCUGCUGUGGACAGGUGAACAGUCUGUCCCAGCGUGUGCUGCUGCUGGAGGACUCAGUUAAAGGUUUGACAGAAUCUCAGAGACAGCUCCAGUCUGCCCUCACUGACCAGAGCAUACACGUGGAGACACUGGUCGAGACCCGCCUGAUCGAGAUAGAGAGCCGUCUCAAUGCCACAGAGGGUGGACCUGAUGGAGUAGCAGGGCUCCCUGGUGGUCUGGAUGGCUUCAAGACCAUGCUGGAGGACAAGCUGAAGACCCUGGAGGAGAGAGUGUUUGUCGCUGUUGAGGAAGUUAAAUUAAGUAAUGCCACUUCUCCAGCAGUCCUGGAAGGUCAGGUGGUCCCAGCGCUGGAGACAGAGAUAGAGUCUGUGAGGAGGAGGGUGGAGGGAGAACUGGAUGGCAUUCAGAAACAAUUAAUAGAUCUGGAGCUCUUGUGCACCUCUUCCUGUGCUCCCUCUACCCCACCAGCAGGGGGUAUUAGUAUCACUGAAGUAGAGGAAGAAUGUGAGGGGAUGGAGAAGAAAAUGACUGACCGCCUGGACACCCAUUCUAACCAGCUGAACCACCUAAACAACACCUUGCAGAACCUGCUCUUCCGUAUUGCCCAGGAGGACACAGAGGGCAUCGUCCAGGGAGAGAUCACCCUGCUGAAGGUCAACAUCAACUCUGUGAACCGCACUCUGAAGGGCCUAAAGGACUCUAUUAACUUUAUUGCAAGUGAAGUGGGUCAUGCUAAUUCCACCUGGGAGCAGAGAGAGCACCAGUUAGUCAAUCAGGUGCAAGGAAUCACCAAACUAGUGGGCCACCAAGCCCACCUCCUGGGGGCCGGGGAUAGGCGACUGGCCCAGCUGAAGGGAGAGUUAGUGGCCUUAAAGAGACAGCUGUCUGGGGAGCUUCAGGGCUGCCGGAGCACAGCGAUAGAAGUACAGAAGGAGGUAAAGGAUGUUGACAGCAGGGUGAGCCAGGUAGAGGGCCAGUGCAGCAACCUUGGGGAGCUGGCAGAGCACCUGGAGAGAAUCAGGGCAGAGCUUGAGAGACACUCAGACUCCUACCUGGCUCAGGUGAAUGGCACUCUGGCCAACCAUUCAGAACAGAUAGCUGAACUGAAAGGGGAGGUCAAAGACUGUGCGACCAGGGAAACAGCCAACCAAAAAGGAGACCAGUAGCAUUUGAGCUACAGAUUUAUUUUUUUCUAAGAGAGACUUAUGUGUGCUUCUCAUUGGGCUGACUUCCUCUGCUUCUCCCUUCUCUUUUUUAAAUCCCAUCUGCACAGAUGCAAAUCAACUGAACCAGUGAAAGUCAUUUCCCAUUAGUUCCCCACCCCAGUACCUCCAGAUGUCCCGGGUAUUUAGUUUAGUGAAGUGAGGAAGUCACAGAAUACAAAGACACACCUAUGGUUGUAUAGCUGGGCAAUUGUUUUCCCUUGAGAUUUUAUUCUAUAGGGCAUUUGUUUUUUUGUUUUUGUUUUUCUCUGAUCAUGAUUGUUUUGUUUUCACAUUUUACCUUUUUUAACUUAUAUGAAGUGACUGCAUUGCUAAGAUGUUAAACUGUUUGUAUUAGAGGAA